CGCCAGGCAAAGGGAUUUGGAUGCACAAAAACAACCAUACCGAAAUUGUUGGCUACUGUGAUGCGGAUUGGGCUGGAGACAAAGGUGAUCUCAAGUCUACCAUGGGCUACUGCACCUUCGGUUGAGGGAAUCUUGUCACUUGGCGAAGCAAAAAACAAACGGUGGUAGCGCGGUCGAGUGCCGAGGCAGAGUAUCGUGCCAUGGCUAACACAACAUCUGAGAUCAUUUGGCUCAAGACACUCUUAGGCGAACUCGGACGUGACUCAACAUCUCCAAUUACUCUUCAUUGUGACAACCAAGCCGCGAUUCACAUUGCUACCAACCCGGUCUUCCAUGAACGCACGAAGCACAUCGAAGUUGACUACCACUUCGUCCGCGAGAAAGUUCUACAAGAUAUCAUUUCAUUGAGCUACAUGAAGAGUUGUGACCAAUUGGCGGAUAUUUUCACCAAGGCUACCUCAACCUACGUGUUGCAUUGUCUCGUUGGCAAGCUCGACAUGUACGAUCUCUACACGCCUAGCUUGAGGGGGAAUAUUGGAGGAAAUACACACGAUGAGGAGAACUCAGACAUGGACAAAGCUGGUACCAAUCACUUUGGGCUGUCUAAUCUCCUUAACGAUGGCCCAACUUUGGAUGGAGUGGGCCUUGAAGCCCAAAACACAUCAUUGCAUUGAUUAAUCCCACUGACUCUCACUGGAGCAAUCACCGACGAAAAUCCUCAGCCAUGAUCGAAGAUAUUACGCUGCGAGAUUCUCUUUCUUCUCAUUUCCUUUGUUGAUUAUCUCAAUUUCCAUGAAAUACCUUUGUUUCCUUUUACUGUGUCUUCGUCUUCUUCCUAUUUCUUGCUCUGAUUUUGUAUAUAUGUGGAGCAGAAGG